GACACUUAAGAUGCGCUUGUGUUUGGAUAUAGUGCCAACAAACAGAAUAAAUAGUACAUGUAGAUAUUCACCCUUAUCGAGAAGUUCACCCGGAAAAAAUUUCGCCGAAACUUUUUUUAUUCGGGUAAAAUUAUUCCGCCUAUCCACAAUUUCGGCCGAACAAAAUUUCACUUCGAAUCAGCUGAUACUCUAUGGUGAAUUAAUUGUGACGAAAUUAUUUACUUGCUACUGUGUUAAUUUUGUAAGCAAGCAUAAAAUUCUUUAAAAUAAAGUAAAAAUAGAGCCCAAAAAAAUAUUUAGCAACAUGUUUAGCAUUGCACUUAGGUUACUAUUGAGCGAGCGUGAGGAGAAUUUGAACGGGAGAGCGCUCAGGAGGCAAUUAAGGGACAAUUCCAACCCUUUGGAGUUAAGUGAUUCAAUGUUAGAAAAAAAAGUUUCCUUGGAAUUUUUCAAUUAAAUUUCUUAUAUUUCAGUUUUCGGUAAUAUUACAGGCUAAAUAAGCCCGCAUUUAAGUAUUUGCUGGAUAUUCUUACUAACUCCUUGCCGCCAUUGAAGCAGAAAUUUGGAAUUCCACCUAUUGUUAAAUUGUGCGCAUGUUUGCGCUUUUUUGCAGAGGGAGGACAUCAGAAAGGCGUUGGAAAGGACCAUGAAGUGGGUUUAACUCAGACUUCCUUUAGCGAGGUACUGUCAGAAGUGCUAAGUAUUUUGCAGCUAUUGCUUUAUCCACAAUGGAUAAGUUGGCCCACUUUAGAAGAGCAACGCCAAAUUGCACACGAUUUUUAUACAAAAUUUGCAAUACCAGGAGUUAUAGGAUGUGUGGAUGGAACUCACGUCAACAUAAUAUCCCCUUCAAAAAACCUUCAUCAAUUUUACAAUAGAAAAGGCAAUUGCAGUUUGAAUGUUAUGCUCGUAUGUGACAGCCAUCUGAGAAUUCGCUUUAUUGAUGCUACACACCCUGGUGUAUGUCACGAUGCCUUUAUAUGGAACAUAAGCAGUUUAAGAUUUGAAAUGGAACAAAACUAUUUGCAAACCCACAACAAAGUUUGGCUACUAGGAGAUGCUGGGUACCCCCUAGAGCCUUGGCUACUUACUCCGUACAGAACACCUGAAAGUGGUUCAGCUCAGGCCAAAUUUAAUGAAGUACACACACGCUGUCGAAAUAUAAUCGAAAGAAGAAAUGGUGUUCUUAAAAACCGAUGGAGGUGCCUGUUAAGUGCUAGUGAGAGUUGUACUAUGCUCCUAUAAAGGCAGUAAAAUAGUAAACGUUUGCGCAGCUUUGCAUAAUAUUUGCAUUCACUACAAAAGUGAUGUAAAUUUUUCUAACCCAUCUGUUGAUGAAGAUUUCAGUGAAAUCUCCACAGAAGACAAUCAACCAGUAGUCGAAGGAAGUAGUACCUUCCCCCUUUGAGCAAAGAAUACAAAUUUAAAUUCUUUAUUUAGCUUUAUUUAAAAAUAUUUUCAAGAUAA